AUGACAGCUGCUGAAAUCCUGGACGUUCCCAACGAGAAGAAGUGCUGGCGCUCAAUUUUUCAAGUUAGAGCGUACGUGGUUGCGAAGCAAGACGAGGAGGGGAUGACUUGGCAUCUUUAUCUUCACCCUGGCUUGAACGGGAACAGGCAAGGUAGCCAACACAGGGAAUGGUUCAAUGUUGCUCUGUCAAAACGCACAACUCAUCUUGUACUUCUGCGGGUGUGGGUUAGAAACAUGUCGACCAAAGAUUCUCGGCGUUUCGCUGGACAAAGUCAUUGA